UUUGGUUGACUGACUGCCUAUAUAUCCACCUUCAUGAUCAAACCUGUCGUCAGUGAUUUUGCGCAUCGACUAUUGAGCACAUCACACUUUCGAUUCCUGCUGGGUCUUUGGCUGCUCAAGUUCUCAAUCAAUCAAGCGGUGCCCACGGCAGAAAGAGAAGGCCUUAUCGUACCUAUUGCUGAAAUUCUGACGUGCAAAUCCUACUCCCGCGUUCGCGAUAGCAGUCCGGCAGAGACCAAUUCUCUUGCAAAUUUGGUAUCCUAUCCAGAGUCACUUGCAGGUCUUCCCAUUCCAAUCCCCCUAGAACGUGUUGAGUCAAGUACGUGAGCUCAUCUGGACUAUCUUCCAAUAGUUUGGAGUGGAGCUGUCGAGAGCAUACGGCAGGCGAAUGCCCACUGGCAUGACUCGGAAGAACUCGCCACGUAUGCAUAAAUGCGAAUGCGUAGA